AUGGACAGAGAGCAGGCUGCCUGGAGCGUGAUGGUUCUCCUGCUGGUUCCUCUGGGUGGGGCGCAGACCACCACCCCUCUGACAGAGCUGGAGAACAUUGCGGGGAAGCUGGUGUUCUACCAGACCGAGGGGAACGCCACCCUGGUGAGAGACACGGGAGAACUGGCGUCCGACGUUCCCACCGAGACCAUGUUUGAACUCUUUGAUCCCCACCAGAAUUUCAGCACGGCGUCUUUCACCUACACCUGGGACUUGGGCAACGGAGAGGUGAUCCAGGGAACCGAGCCGUUCGUCCGCUACCAUUACUCUGAAUCUGGAAACUACACUCUGCAGCUGAAAGUCGGCGUGAAUGUGACUAAAUACACUCCUCCGAUCACCGGGGUCUACUCCAUGGACGUCCAGGUGCUCGAUGCCAUCAGGCACAUCGAGCUGAAGGGGCCGUCCGACUACGAGAUGUCUCAGAACACCAGUCUGGCUUUCCACGUGGACGGGAGCCCUCCCAUGUGGGUGUGCUGGCGCUUCCUCCGGGACUGCAAGGCCGACCCGAGGCAGGGCUGCACGCUGACCGUGCUGUACGAGAACACCCUGCGGCUCAACCACACCUUCACCUCGGCCGGCGUGCACUGCCUGGACAUCAGCGUGCGCAACGACGUGAGCAAGCUGCAGACCUCCUUCAGCCUCUUCGUCCGGAGGAGCAAUAACGUCCACAUGUUCUUCAUGCUGUCGUGCGCCGCCAUUCUGGUGGCGACGUUCUCCUUCAUUGCCGUCAUCGCCUGCCGUCCUCGUCGCCACAGCAAAGCUCAGCCUGCUUCCUUCAGUGACGCCGUGUUCAUGAAGACCCGAGAGGAAGACGACCAGGGCGCCAUUCGCCUGACCUUCCCGGCCCUGGAGCGAGGAGAGAAGGCUCCCCUGCUGCUGCAGUACGGGCCUCAGUACUGCUCCUAA